AUGACAGUGGGUGAAACGGCAGUUGAUAUAGCAGUUCCUGCUAGUAAAAUGGAUGAACUCGUAAAGGGCUCCGAAGAUUCAUCUGUUACUGCUGAAGACUCUAACAAUGGCAUUGAUGGAACUUUGAAGAUGACCAUCAGCCCCUCAGUUGGCGAACCUUUCGUGCUCCAAUUGAACACAACUGAGAUGGUUCAAGAACUUCAUCAGGUUUUAUUGGAAAGAGAAUUCACUUGUCAUAGAACAUGCUUCUCUCUUCAACUGAAUGGACAAACUUUGGACAAUUUCGUUGAACUCAAAAAUAUUCCUGAAGUUGUUGAUGGUUGUGUAAUUCAAGUUGUGGACGAACCUUUCACUCUUCGUGAAGCUCGUAUUCAUCUGAGACACAUUAGAGACCUUCUCAGAACAGUAGAUCCAGUUGAUGCUGCGAAUGCUGUUGAUGGACACUCUGUUACAUAUUUGCCCAGCAUUAGUAUUCAAGAACGUAGAGAUAAAGAUAAGCCUUUCGAUGGUCAACCUCCUGAGUAUGUUCUUCCUGGAACGAAGGACAGAGCUCUUGGGCACUUGCUAAGCACACCAGUCAAAUUACCACAAGCUUUGAGGAAUAUUUCCAUUUCAUCUUUCAAUCCACCACCAGGCCCUCGUAAGAUGAAAGGAGAUGUCCUCUAUUUUUACAUUGAUACGGUUGAAAAGAGACGUCUUCACGUCACUUGUUGUACCAAAGGUUUCUUUGUCAACUCGUCUACUGAUGAGACAUUUGACCCAUCCCCAUCUAGUCAACAUAGAAACAUUUAUCAUAGCGUUGUCGAUCUUCUUAAUGUAGUUAGUCCAGGGUUCAAAAAGGCUUAUCCAGCCCUCAUUAAAAGACGUUCUGAGCGUCAAAUGCUCGAUAGACUUCCAACUCCAUACCCCAUUUUCUCAUGGGUUGUUCCACCCGUAUCUGUCACUGAAGACGGUUUCCGUGCUGAAGAUGGUACUCUCCCUCAUCGUGUUGGUUAUGAAGAUCAUCUCCCCGGACAAAUUCGCGACUGGAAUGAAGAACUUCAAACAACUUAUGAAAUGCCCAAACAGUCAUGGGGUGACAGAGUCAUCAGAGAUCGCAGUAUUUUCAAAAUCCAUGGAGAUUUCAUUGGUGCCGCCGUCAAGGGAGCCACUGUUGUCUUAGACGGUAACGCUAUGGCCAUCAACCCAGCCGAUGAACCAAAAACACAUAUGUUCAUCUGGAACAAUAUUUUCUUCUCGUUAGGAUUUGAUGUGAAAGACCAUUACAAGGAAAUUGGAGGUGAUGCUGCAUCUUUCACUGCUACCUCAGCUGACUUGAAUGGAGUAAAGGCUUACGUAUCCAUUGAUGAUCCUAAGCUCUGCACUCUUGGAAUGGCUGUCAUUGAUUACAGAGGAUGUCGUGUAACGGCCCAAAGUAUUAUUCCCGGAAUUUUGGAUAAGGAACAAGACCAAUCUGUUAUUUAUGGAUCUGUUGACUUCGGAAAGACUAUUGUCUCAUCCGAUAAAUAUCAUGAAGUUUUGGGAAAUGCCGCCAAACAGCUAAGAAUCCUACCCCACGAGGUUAUUGUUGGUCCCGAUGGAGAAACCGCCAAGUUAUACAGUAGUUACGAGACUAAGGGUAUAAUAGGAAAUGAUGGACGUCAAUACGUUCUGGACUUGUUAAGAACUAUGCCACCUGAUGUUCAUUUCAUCAAGGGAGCUGAUGUUUCUGAAAAGGCUAAAGAACUGGGAUUCCCACGCAAGCAUCCUCAUGAGUUGGCUGCUCUUCGUCAAGAACUCGUUGAAGUCUUCUAUGAGAACAAAUGUCUUCAGUUCAUCCGAGUCGCUGCUGAGCACGUUCGCGACGUUUGUGCUAAAAUGACUGACGACGAGAAAAAGAAGAACAGUGAGAUCGAGAAGGACAUGACCAAAAUUCUUGUUGAUAUCACCGAAGGAAGAGAACCAACUACUGAGCACAAGGCCGUUUCAGAGGCGCUCGAGAAAGCCGCUAAGGAAGUAGGAUCUCUCAAACCAAACACUUGUGAUAUUCGUUUCAAUCCUGAUUGCUAUUCCACCACUGUACAACAUGCUCCAACUGAAAACUUGGAAGCCCAGAGACGUCUCCUUGUUGAUGCUGCCGAAUUCUUGUUGACUGUUCACAUUCCUGAAUUCGUUCAGCAUUGUCUGGAGUGUUCCGUGACACCUAUUGAUGGAGAAGCACUUUCCGAGCUUCUUCAAGCCCGUGGUAUCAACAUCAGAUACUUGGGAGAAAUCGCCAAAAUAGUCGAGAAAGCCUCUCAGACCACUUAUAUGAAAACUCUUGUUGUAGGAGAAAUUGCCUGUAGAUGUAUUAAGAGAAUUUUGAGAACUUUCAUCCAUCCGUUACAACAGGAUAAACUGGCAACUGCUGUAAGUCAUAUGUUGAGGGCUGUUUUCGGGUCAUCUUCAAACGAUGAAAGAUUAUCUCCUGAUGAGAGACAUAGUAAGAAGAAUAAUAAGAAACCAAAGAAGAGUACUGCUAACGAAGAAUGGUUAUCUCUCACACCGAAGUCUUUAUGGAAGUCUGUUUGUGAUGAAGCAUUCAACUAUUAUGGAUACAAGCUUGAGGUUGAUGACAUCGAUGCUCUCAACGAGAAGUUUGGAGUUCAGAAGAUUUCAGUUUUAAGAAGACUCUGCAAGACCCUCGGAAUCCAAUUGCUUAACAGAGAUUUCCAUUUCGACUCUUCCAAAGGAAAGCCAGUCUUUACUGAGGAUGAUAUCCAGGGAAUGUUCCCAGUUAUCAAACAUAGACAACCCAUUUCAAACGAUGCCAAGAUGUUCUAUCAACAAGGACAAAAAGACAUUCAAAUGGGAAAUCUUCGAGAGGCUUACACUUGCAUAGCCGAAUCUGUCAAUUCUAUGACAUCUAUCUAUGGUGCUCUUCAUUCCGAUCUUGCUCAAGCUCUUAGAACCCUUGCUCGCAUCUCUUAUAUCAUGGGAGACAUUCCUGAAGCAUUGGCCCAGCAACACAAAGCUGCUAUCAUCAGUGAGCGUUGCAAUGGAAUCGAUCAUGGAAAUACAAUUAUUGAAUACAUUAAUUUGGCUCAUUUCGCUUUCGCCAAUCUUCAUGUAUCCGCUGCUUUGAAACUCUUGUACAGAGCACGUUACCUCUUGUUGAUCGCCCAUGGUGAGAAACACCCAGUUAUGACUCAAAUUGAUGCAAAUAUCGGAAUCAUUCUUUUCGCUGUCCAAGAAUUCGAUUCAGCUUUGAAGUAUCUUCAAUCCGCCAAAGCAUCCAUCUAUGCUAAUGGAGAACCGAGAAGAUUGAAGUAUGCACUUGUCGAACACAGCAUCGCUAUCUGCAAUGCUUCUCGUGGAGAUUUCCGUGCAGCUCUGUCAGCCGAAAAGGAAACUUAUUCAAUUUACUUGAAUAUGUUCGGUCCCGAAAACAUCCGUGUGCAGGAUUCAUCUGAGUUCUUGAAGCUUUUGACACAGCAGGCUGUGCACUUACAGAAACGUAUGAUGGAUGUCAGAAAGAAUAAUUCGAUCGCCCGUCUUUUGCCCGUGCAGGUCCAACAGCCGCCCUUAUCAACUAUACUAGAUAUAAUGAACAUCAUGAAUGGAAUAAUAAUAAUCUCAAUGCCGGCGACUGAGGAGAAAGAUAUCAAGUCGGAAGAGAAGGAGAAUAGAGAGAACUCAAAGAAGGAGUUGUCUGAUGAAGCGCUCGAUUAA